AUGAUCAGCAAGAAUGGGAAGGAGGAGCUCAAUGGACAAGCUUUCGCGGCGGUGGUGCGCGAGCUGCUGUCCGCGCUGAGCUCCAGAGAGCUCACCUUGUCCCAGCUGCGCGUUGUCUUUGCGACCGCCUUCGACCAGUUUGACAUGAACGAGGAUGGAAUCAUUUCAGUGGAUGAGUUCACUGCCGCGCUGCGCAGCUACAACAUCACGGUGCAUGAGCCUGUGGGGACCUUUCAUCGAGUCGUGCGGCCCAGCGCGUGA